ACCGUCGCUGCAGUCUCACGGGCGUAGCUGUCAAAAUUCCAUUUUAGAAAUAAUACUUUUUUAAAUUACGAAUCGAUUAUUACUUUUAAUCGUUGCAAAUAUGAUAUUCUAUUGUGGAAAAUGCGUUUAGUUUUCGAACUUCGUAUUUUGAAUUAGUCUUUUUUUUCUUUUUGCGGUUAAAAGUGCCAAAUGUUUUUACCAAUAGAAAUGUAUCGGACAGUCUUUUUUGUGUUUGUGACAUUAUUUUGCUUGUGUUAUGCUAAUCCGGACGCGAAAAGACUGUAUGACGAUUUGUUGAGCAACUACAACAGGUUAAUUAGACCUGUUGAUAAAAAUAAUAACACAGUGUUAGUAAAACUCGGCUUGAGGUUAUCACAAUUGAUUGAUCUGAAUUUGAAGGAUCAAAUCCUUACCACGAACGUCUGGCUUGAACACGAAUGGGAAGAUCAUAAGUUCAAAUGGGACCCCCUGGAAUAUGGAGGUGUCAAGGAGCUCUACGUACCGUCCGAACACAUUUGGCUACCAGACAUUGUUCUUUACAAUAAUGCUGAUGGAGAAUACGUAGUGACAACGAUGACGAAAGCUGUUCUUCAUCACACGGGCAAGGUUCUGUGGACCCCGCCGGCGAUCUUCAAAUCCUCGUGUGAGAUCGAUGUGAGGUACUUCCCCUUCGACCAACAGACCUGUUUCUUGAAGUUCGGUUCGUGGAGCUAUGAUGGAGAUCAGAUCGAUCUAAAACACAUAAAUCAGAAGAAGGGUGACAUGGUGGACGUGGGUAUAGACCUACGGGAGUACUAUCCUUCAGUGGAAUGGGACAUCCUUGGAGUGCCAGCGGAACGACACGAGAGGUACUACCCGUGCUGCCAGGAACCAUAUCCAGAUAUAUUCUUCAACAUAACACUAAGAAGGAAAACGCUAUUUUACACCGUCAACCUCAUCGUUCCAUGUGUCGGUAUUUCUUAUCUGUCCGUCUUAGUUUUCUACCUCCCCGCUGACUCCGGCGAAAAGAUUGCACUGAGCAUAUCCAUUCUUUUAUCACAAACGAUGUUCUUUUUGUUGAUUUCUGAAAUCAUACCGUCGACAUCCCUAGCUUUGCCACUGUUAGGAAAAUACCUAUUGUUCACAAUGUUACUGGUAGGACUUUCGGUUGUGAUAACUAUAAUAAUCCUGAACGUGCAUUACCGAAAGCCAAGCACACACAAAAUGGCACCAUGGGUCAGGAAAUUCUUCAUAACAAAACUGCCUAAACUUCUCCUCAUGAGAGUACCUAAAGAUCUCCUAAGGGACUUAGCAGCACAGAAGAUUGCAGGAAGAAGUAUGAAGAACAAGAACAAGUUUAAAGAUGCUUUGGCGGCAGUUGAACAGACAAAUUCUAACGCUUCAAGCCCUGAAUCUCUGCGACACCAAAUACCUGGAGGCUGCAAUGGACUGCACACUACCACUGCUACUAACAGAUUCAGCGGUCUGGUCGGUGCUCUUGGUAGUCUUGGUGCUGGCUACAACGGACUACCUUCAGUUAUGUCAGGAUUGGAUGACUCGCUCAGUGAUAUUGCUCCUCGGAAGAAGUACCCUUUUGAACUGGAGAAGGCUAUACACAACGUCAUGUUUAUCCAACACCAUAUGCAGAGGCAGGACGAAUUCAAUGCGGAGGAUCAAGACUGGGGUUUCGUUGCCAUGGUACUGGACCGCCUCUUCCUCUGGAUCUUCACCAUCGCCUCCAUCGUUGGUACCUUCGCCAUACUCUGUGAAGCGCCAUCUCUGUACGACGACACCAAACCUAUCGAUAUGAUCUUGUCUUCUGUGGCGCAGCAACAGUUUCUGCCUGUUGACAGUGGAGAUUCUUAAACUAUUCCAAUGCAGUAGGUAGUUACAGUCGUUUCAAUAAUUUAAGGUCGAAAUUCGCGAAAUAUUGACUUGUCGAAUAUAAUAAUCGAUUUGUUUCUCAAAGCGUUUUGACCGCUGGGUCCGCGCUGUCGUUACAUUUUUUUUAUUAGACUUUUAAAUAAUCUGUACAGUGGUAAUGUCAAUUUUAUAAAUGAUUGAUUUUGGAAAUGAUUCCUUCCUCAAGAAAAUUAACGGAUCGUAAUGAAAGCGCGGUCGCAGCGCCUAUUAAUAACAUGACCUUGGGCUGUGGAUAAAAAUUUCAAGACUACUGCGUGUUUUGUAUUAAUUUUAUUUUGAGUAAAACGUUUAAACUAUUUAAGUUUAAACGUUUUACUCAAUCAAUACUAGGUAUCCUACUAACUGAUUGCGAAUUAAACUAGCUAUUUUAUUUCAGUUAUAAAUCUUACAAUUGGGUUAUAUUGUAAUUUUUUUACUUGGAUAAUAUCAUAGAAAAUAGGUUGCUGUAUGUUGUAAUGUAUGUUGUAAAAUAAUUCGUUGCGUAUUGUAUCAAUAUCGAUGAGGUUUUUAGAUUUAAUUUGAAGCCAAAAUAGGCUGUGACUUUUUACUAUUUUACUAUUAGAAUAAGAAUUUACUAUAAAUCGUAGAAACUUAUUGGUAACUUAGAUUACUAUAAAUACUCGAAACAUGAAACUUUUUAAUAUAUUUUCAUUGAAGACAUAAUAAUUAUGGUAUGGUUCAUACCACAUGAAAAAUACUCAGUCACUUACCAAAUUACCACCUUAUACUGUUUACGUUCCUUAAAAAAUAAGUAAGCUUUUGUAACUAGAGUCUUGGUUUCAUAUUAUAAAAUAUGGCUGUGUUAGAAAUAAUAUUAAGGUCUUCGCUAGUUAUAAACAAUUUAUUAAUCAGUAGUUCAUUAAUUAUAGGAAUAUGUAGUAGAAAUUUUCUGGACUGGAGAACGCGCCGGAAUAAGUGAAACAUGAGACAGCGUGAUGACCUGCAAAAGAUUGCAGGGUAUGACUGGAUUCGUAAAACAAAAGGCGACAAUAGGUGGAGCAAAUUGAUUCAGGCUUAUGUCCAGUAGUGAGCUGCUAUAGGCUCACGAUGAUGAUGAUAAGGAAUACGUAGUCGUUCAUGGUCAAUGUUGAUUGUAUUCAAUGUUACAUUCUUUACUUGUAAUAAAUUUUAGAAAA